GAAACAACAAGUGUAGUAGCAAAAGGGAUGUUGUGGGCACACUCAAUGAACAAUUAUUGCACUACCAACUAUAAGUGUAUAACCAUAUUAGUCCCUAACAGUCCUUUAUAUAUAUUGUACUACUGUUUCACUUAGUUUUUGGGGGCUUGUUCAAAUUCACUCGAAUGUAAUUACUUAGUAGUAAGUUUUCGUACCAAGGCUAAAUAAUCCAAAUAAGCCUGUACAGGUUCCACCAUAUUCGAUCUCCUUUCUUUUCCUUUUUGAAAUUAGGAUUUCGUUCUCAUAUCAUUCCUCUUUUCUUUGUGCUAGAUACCGAUUCCUAUUUUAAUAAAAUUAAAUAUAAGUACUUGUAAAUGAUGACUAGUGAAAGCAAGACUGCGAAUGCUAUUGGAGGAAAGACAGCUAGAGCUUGUGAUAGCUGUUUAUCAAAGAGGGCACGCUGGUUUUGUCCAGCUGAUGAUGCUUUUCUUUGUCAAUCGUGCGAUGUUUCGGUCCAUUCGGCUAACCAGUUGGCUAGUCGUCAUGAACGUGUUCGUCUUGAAACAUCUUCUAACAAAUCUACUGUCACCAAAUUCGUCGACCAAACACAUCAGCCUUGUUGGCACCAGGGCUUUACUCGAAAAGCUAGAACGCCUAGAAAUGGAAAGAAGGCGCAAAUCGGGAGAGGGAAAAAGGCCGAGGAGAAUCGGGUUCCAGAAAUUGGCAGUGAAGAGAACUCACCAGAUGAAAAUGAAUUCGAAAAUGAAGAACAGCUUCUUUAUCAGGUUCCCGUUUUCGAUUCAUUCGAGGCAGAACUGUGCACUGUGCCUGAUGAAACUGCAACUAUUACGGAUCACUUGGACAUGCUGCUGAACGGCGAAGAUGCAUGCGAUGGUUUGAACCUCCCUGAAUUUCUUUCAUCCGAUAUUGAGCUUGCUGAAUUCGCAGCCGAUGUUGAAAGCUUGUUAGGCGAAGAAGAUCAAGAGAGAACUCGGUUAUCAAACGAUGCUGUUGAAGAUAACAAGUCGAUUAAAAUUGAAGUUGAAGACGAAGAGAUGAGAGAAGCUGUUGCUUGUCAUUUGGAUCCUGAAUUGGACAUGGCAAGGGAAGCACUGAAUUGGAACUUUGAUGAGUAUUAUGAAGAAACAGUUGAACAGAAAGUACUGCCAGCAGCAGCAGCAGCAGCAACAGAAUUUGUCACUAGUGAAGAGUACAGUGGCAGUAGUAAAGCUGAUGAAAAAGGGAGGCUGCUUCUGAGGCUUAAUCAUGAGGCAGUUAUUAGUGCUUGGCCAAAUCAAUCUUCGCCAUGGACAAAUGGAAUCCGACCCCAUUUCAAUCCUGAUCAUGACUACUGGCCUGAUUUCUUGGAAACAAGUGGAGAUCAUCAAGGAUAUUAUGGAGGACAUGUAAGAAGUGGCGAUGGAGGAAGAGAAGCGAGGGUAUCGCGUUAUAGAGAGAAGAGACGCACCAGAUUGUUUUCCAAGAAAAUACGGUAUGAAGUUAGGAAACUAAAUGCAGAAAAAAGGCCUCGGCUUAAAGGACGAUUUAUUAAAAGGACAUCUUCAUCAUUUUCAACGCCUGGUUUUCCAUACCUGAUGAACAAACGAUGAUGAUGAUGAAUUGAUCUAGUUGAUAGAGUUUGUAUUAUAACAUCGCCAUUUUGCUUGCUCUAGCAAUUUGGAACGACUUAAUUAGGUUUUCUUUUUCAUCAUAACCUAUGCUUAUUCAAUCAAUAAAAUCUUAUGAAUUAAGCUUUUGUUACA